GAAAAUAACUCCCAAAGAGAGACUUGACUCUAAUCCGCAGAGGUACUUAUCAGGAGGGACAGGAGUCAAAUCUCUGUGACUCAAACCCCAAAGCCUGUGCUUGUUCAGGGCGCUGCAGAGCUUCACGAAUCAGUGGUCACCACUGCCAGACCCUUCCGUGAUGUCCAGCACCCCGAAUCCUCCCGGAGAUAAAAUUUGAUGCCGGAACCCUCCUUCUUAGUACACACCGACUCAUUUGGAGAGAUCAGAAAAAUCAUGAGUGCUGCAUGGCCAUCCCUCUCUCCCAGAUCGUGUUCAUCGAGGAACAGGCAGCUGGAAUCGGGAAGAGUGCCAAAAUAGUGGUUCAUCUUCGCCCAGCUCCUCCUGACAGAGAGCCUGGUCCAUUCCAGAGCAGUAAGAGCUCUUACAUCCGACUCUCCUUCAGAGAACAUGGCCAGAUCGAGUUUUACAGGCGUUUAUCAGAGGAAAUGACACAGAGGAGAUGGGAGAAUAUGCCAGUGUCCCAGUCAUUACAAACAAAUCGAGGACCCCAGGCAGGAAGAAUAAGGGCUGUAGGGAUUGUGGGUAUUGAAAGGAAAUUGGAAGAAAAAAGGAAAGAGACUGACAGAAACAUUUCUGAGGCUUUUGAAGACCUCAGCAAGCUAAUGGUCAAGGCUAAAGAAAUGGUGGAGUUAUCAAAAUCAAUUGCUACUAAGAUUAAAGACAAGCAAGGAGACAUCACAGAAGACGAGACCAUCAGGUUUAAAUCCUAUUUGCUGAGUAUGGGAAUAGCCAACCCAGUUACCAGGGAAACCUGCGGCUCAGGCACUCAGUACCACAUGCAGCUGGCCAGACAGCUGGCUGGAAUAUUGCAGGCGCCUUUAGAGGAACGAGGGGGAAUAAUGUCACUCACAGAGGUGUACUGCUUAGUAAACCGAGCGCGAGGAAUGGAACUGCUCUCACCAGAAGACUUAGUGAAUGCAUGCAAGAUGCUGGAAGCACUGAAGUUGCCUCUCAGGCUCCGGGUUUUUGACAGUGGUGUCAUGGUGAUUGAGCUUCAGUCCCACAGGGAAGAGGAAAUGGUGGCCUCGGCCUUGGAGACGGUUUCAGAAAAGGGAUCCCUCACCUCGGAAGAGUUUGCCAAGCUCGUGGGCAUGUCUGUCCUCCUGGCCAAAGAGAGGUUGCUGCUUGCAGAGAAGAUGGGCCAUCUUUGCCGGGACGAUUCAGUGGAAGGCUUGCGGUUUUACCCAAACUUAUUUAUGACACAGAGCUGAGGGUUUUGCAUUUGAAAUACUUCUCAUCCAUAUACUUGCAUCAUGUAGAAGUUGUAUGACACUGAGCUGAAAGUAAACUCGGAUAAAUGGAAUUUACUGGAACCUCACAAUAUAAUAUAAAACCCUUUUAAAUUCUCCCUAAAUAAUAUCCAGGAAAUUUAUUUUGGGUAAAUACAGGAAAUACAAAAAAUGAAUGCCAGUAUGAGUCUGAAGUCAUGCCACAGUCACGGAGUCCGCUCAGAGAUGGACUUGAAAUACGGCAGAUUUCAGCUUGAUCCUCAGAGCCCACCGUUAUUUAAAGAAGCGAAUUUAGUUAACAUGGGGGAAGACAGAGAGGAUGUUUGGACAGGUUAGAUCAUUAGUUUAUUGUGACUAAAAUUCACUGAAUUCCAAAUGAAGUUUUUCCCUGCGUCUAAUGUGCCCAUUUGGGGAGGUUUUUGUGGAGCAAGUCAAACCCUACGCCAUGGAGUUUAAGAGCCUGACAGCGUUGGCACAAAAUAUCUAACUGCCCAAGCCAUGUGAGGCUCUCCCCAGGGCUCCCCUUUAGAAGCGGUCAUAAGCAUGUCUUCAGACCAAACCACGUUAAAAAAGGAAAGGACUUAUGUAUACAAUCUAUUUUUUUGAAGUGAUGGUUUCAUGGCUGGUAUUUAAAGAAUGCAACUAUGUCAUUUUGUUUAAAAAAAUACUAUGGAUUUUGACACCGAAUUAGAGAGGUGUAUAGACAUGCCCAGAGACAGGAAUACAAAUGUGGGAAGCAAACAGCUCUGGAAUCCCUUCGGGUUGUGGUGUGGGUGGAGGGGCUGGGAGAACCUUUAUCUAGUUUAGCAGGAGCCUUGGUUCUCUCUGACCCCGAGAGCCAAGGACAGAACAUAGAGAGUGGCAAAGCAAUGCAUCUUUUCCCUCCCAAGGAGUUUGAACACUGAACUUUAAAAAGUCUUUUUGUCAUAUACCAGCAAUAUUUUUUUUGUUAGCCCACAUACUGUAAGUUGUGUGGAGAAGCUGUCUCACUAAGAAGUAUUACUGAGAUAACCAAAAUGGCUAAUGCUGAGUCUAGAUCGCCUGGUAAGUGACGAACUGCACGUCAGUGGUACCCAGCGUGGUGUGUCGGCAUUACCUCAGACUUGGGGCCCGGGGCUGGACGUGGAAGGUCAGGCCUCCGGAGGGACGGUAUCUGCAUGGAGGGAACCACUGAGACCAGCAAGUGGGGUGCUCAGUCCAUCUGGAGGCCUGACGCCUCUCGCUGAGCGAGGUGCGGGGCCGUCGCUAUAGGCCACCACAGAUGCCCCUGCAGAUCCCCAGCUGCAGAGCCCGGGGUCCUCCAGGGGCAGCCAGAGUCAGUCCCUGACGCCUGCCCGCUGCUUCACCUCCCGCGGGGUCCCGGGAGGGUCGUGGCGAGGCAUCCUGCCUUCGUCCUUGUUUCCCCACCUGUCGCUGACUCACCUUGUGUGACAGGCCCCCCGAUUUCCCCAUUCUCCGCCUCAGGUUUCUUUUGGGGGAGAUGCAGUGCCUGGCCGCCGGGUCUUUCGGGCCAUUGCGUGAGCUUGUUUCUGGGUCACUCCCCUCUUGGUCGGCCUCAGUCUCCCACACUGCUCCGGCACACGCUCUCUCAUCUGGCUAAGGUCUUUAAAAAUUACAAAGCCGCAGAGGUUUUGAGUGGGUGCAGCAGGGUCACAACUCACCAGCGGUUAGAUUUUGAAGCUUGAGCCCCUCACAAGAUGAAAUCGAGCCUGCUCAACGUCAUCCUCGAAAAUCUCUUCAGUUGCCAGUAAAGUUCUCGAUACAGUCUCAUAUUCAGAAUGCCUGGAGAGCCAUACAUGGCUAUGAAUAUUUUAUGAGUGUAGUAAGUACGUUAUGUAAUAUAAGUUACAUGCCAACAGUAGACUUUUAUAGCAUCAGUAAUUAAACUAUUUAAAUGUGUCUCCUUUUUGCCAAUAGGUAUGGUUAAAUUUAUGUAAACUUAUUGCUGAUCCCGUAAGAUAGAUCUAGAGUGUAAGCUCUACAAAGGCAGAGAUUUUUAUCUGGUUUGUUCAUGGAUAUGUCCCUGGAGCCUGGCACAGGGCGUGGCACGCACCCUAAGAAAACAGAGAAAUCGGCUUUCAAGUUCAAGGAUUGUCAUAUAACAGUUGGAGUUCCACUGGCCUAGAGGCUGCAGACUUAUGAAGACAGCGUGUGUCUGAGGUGUGCGGGCUGUCCGACUCAGUCUGUGACGUGGGCCAGGACCAUGAGAUGGGAUGGUUCCAGAAAGUCAGGUCAACAACACACAUGUAAAAUCCUAUUAUAGCAUGAAAAUUGGGUCAUUCAUGUUCUUCCUUGUGCCCUGAUAAUCAUAAGCCAGUUAAAGCUGUUCUCUCAGAGUAUUAUCUAGGGAAAUAAAAGCUCUCUCUUGUA